AUGCUUCUACCAUUUUCAAUGAUAUUUCUAAUAAUUUCAAUUAAAAUUUGCGAGGCCGAUGUUAUUUGCAACAAAAAUAUGGCAAGAUUUGGCACCAAUAUCACCGAAGAAUCAUUCCGUGAAGCAGGCGCCGAAUCUUGUGAGUAUAUUUUUGUGCCAAAAUUGAAUGAAUCUGUGGUUUUGUCGGAUAUUCCAUGUUACUAUGACAUGGAAGUUUGGCUGAUAUUUGUUGAUGAGCAAGAAGAUUCGAAAGAGAAUGAGAUUUAUUUAGAUGAAUUCACCACAAGCCGAUGUUCUUUUUAUAAUUAUAGAUACGAGUCUCCAAAAAGCACAGGGAUUCGUGUAAAAUUUUAUAAUCCAGAGGGAUAUGGAAUUAGGUUUGAUUUUUCAAGAAAUGAAAAUCCAAAAAAUCGAAAAUGUGAUUUUCCUAUUCAAAAUCUGACUGCAAAUCAAACAAUAGUUCUCAAAAAACCAGAACAAUCUGAAACAUGUGUAUAUCGCCUGAUUCCGCCCCAAAAUUCGGAGGAUUUUAAUGAGAUUCUCAUCGAAACUUCAAGCGAUUACAAAAUUUCUGAACACGAUGAAAAUGGCACAAUUUCAAAGGAGGUACAAUUUGUGGGCACAAAAUUUUUUGCGACACAAGUUUUGGAUAUUUAUUUGUCGAAAAGUUCAAGAUAUGAUAGUGGGAAAUUGAAGACGAGUCUGGUGCAUAAAUGUGAGUUUAUAUUGUUGAGCGUUAAAACUUCUGAAUGCCACGUGACAAAAAUUAUAGUUUAAAAUCAUUUUUCAUUUAAUUUCAGCAUGCGAUUGUGGUGCAGAAAAUAUAUCAACAAAUUCUACACUCACAACAAUCAGAUCUCCCGGUUUUCCGAAAGCAAAUUGCCAUCAUCGAAAGUGCACUUAUUUUUUGAGUUUCGAACCUUCGGAUAAUCCAAAUACAGUGUUAUUAUUCAAUUUUGUCACGAAUUUUGAUGUCAAAGAUAGAUUAAUAGCUGGUGAUAAUGUCAGAAACCGAGAUAUCAAUUUUCACUCAAAAUACCUGCCCAGAACAUUUUUUCUAACUUCGAGAAACUUGAAUGUUACAUAUAAAGCAAGUUCCACAAUUGCUGAUCGAAGUUUCGAAAUAAAUAUAACGAAAAUUGAUAUUUUGGAAAAAUGUCGUUGCCCAUCAUUUUUCGAUAAAUACUAUAAUGAUUUGCGCGGGAAAAUCGAACUAAAAAUUCCCAAAUCUUGUCGCAAUAUUUUUUGUCAUUGGAUAAUUGAGAAUGACCAAAGGAAAACUACAAUUCUCACUGAUAGAAGCUCUCAAAAACCUCGUGUUGUUUUCGAAAUUGAAUUUGAAAACCCGCAUAUCAACGAUGCUUUGAUUUUUAAUCAUAAUUCUAUAAAUCAUCGAAUUCAGAAAUCUGAUAUAUAUUCGACCAACAAUUUUCCAGUGAAUAUCGAUUUUCAGCGUUUGGAAAUGAAUAUUUCGACAGAAACCCAUAUUAAGAUUACGUGGAAAUUUACCCUUGGUAAAUUUAAUGCUACUUACAUGAGUCCAUUUAUCAGUUUUUUUUCCAGAUUGCUCUUGCCCUACUCCACCCAUUAAAAUUUUUGAAAAUCAAUCAAUAAUUCUAACAAGCCCAAAUUAUCCGGAUAAAUAUUGUGAAAAUAUGAAUUGUCAAAUUAAUCUGAAAUCUGAAAAUGGAACUCAAAUCGAAAUUUUUAUCGAAAAAUCGGAACUCGAAAAUUUCCACGAUUAUUUGAGAAUCGAUAAGAAUGUGAUUGAAUUGACCGGAACUUAUCGAAACUAUACAAUUUUGACUGGAAAAAACGAGGUGGAUUUGAGAUUUGAAAGUGAUUCAAAUGAAGAAGAACUUGGAUUUUUCAUUAUUUUGAGAGCUCGAAAAAUGGAAGAAGAAUCACAAGGAUUUUUUAAAAUACUAACUUUUCUGAUGUUUUUUGUGAUUUUGAUUUUGUUCGGAUUCGGAUUUUUGAAAAAUCGUGAUUUAUUUUUGACUAAUGCGAAAGACAUUGAUGUUUCAAGUUAUCAAAGUUAUGCUGUUCAAUAA